UUCGUAACAUGUGAUGUUUCGUGAAAAGUGUUAAUUUUUUACGAAAAACCUUUUUUAAAUAACCGUAGUGCAUCUUAAAAGAGUGAAAAACAUUCGUUUGUGUUGUACGUGCAGUGUUUAUUGUGUUAAAAGUGUUAGAAUAUCUAAACAAAAAUUACAUGGAUAAAGCCGUCACCUGAGGUUGUAAAGACAUGGAGUCGCAUAUCCUAAACACGUAUCAUCAGGCACGAUUCCGUCCCAUCGGACACAAGAUCCUUCGAAUGAAGAGUGACUCCCUAUCUUCAGAAAGCAGCUGCAACCAGAACAGCCCAGAGUACCCUCAGAUCAGCGUGCCCCAACAGAGGCAUUCCGUCGACAGCAAUGGCGAUUGGUCGUGUCAAAAACAGACUAUGAAUAUAACACAAUCAAGUCAAGACACUAGUUCAGACGACGAUAGUUCCGGUCUUGAAGAAAGUAUGGAAGACUUGGAUGAAAAUGGAAUGCAAGAUAACGCAGAUGAUAGUGGCGAGGAGCUUGGAGACGCUAUAGUAGUACACGAAGUCAACGUCGACGAUGAUGAUGAAAUAAUCGAUGUCGAUGACGAUACAGAAGUUGUGCAUUCUAACUCACACUACAACGUUCAAGUAACCGGAUCGAAUAGCGUAGAAGAUAAUUCAUUAGUAGAAGGCCACGAUUAUGACGUCAUCACUGUUUAUGAAGUCAACCCUGAUCUAGAUUUAAUCGAAGCUUCCUCAGACGAUGAUAGAGAUGUAGAUUAUGCAAUCAGUGAAAAAGACAUAGAUGCGGACUGCGUAAACGGUGACGAUAGCAGCUAUAGAGAAGUCAAUUAUCAAGAACGCAACACGAUAAGCCAAGAUGGUCUAGAUAUUAAUUUAGACGCACCAGUAGUUUCAAAUGUCGAUGAAUAUUUCAUAAAGAAUAACAACAAUGAACACAUACUAGACACAGAUGGGCCCGUUGUAAAAGACGUAGACGAAUAUUUCAUAAAGGACAAAGGCAAGGAACCGAUACCUGUACCAAAUAUCGACGACUUUCUAAUAAAACACAAGUUACCUGAAGAAGAGAGCACACAGUUUCAUAUACCUGUUCCUAUUCCUAAUGUAGAAGAAUUCCUUGACAAUGAAAUAAAAAAAGAUGUGGAAGAAGCUCCGACGGUUGAAUCUGAACCCGAACCAGAAAUUCCAGAAAACCCCGCUGAUGUUUCAAUAAACGAGUCUGAUUUAGAAGUUUUGCCCAACAUCGAAGAAUUAAAGAGAUAUCUAUUAGAAGACAUGACAUACACAAAAUUCAGGCACAUACAAAAGUCAUGUUCAGUCCCACAGUCGCCUAUGCAAAACAUUUGCAUGGACAUCGAUGACGUCAAAACAUGUAUGAGCUUCGAAGACUUGAAUUUAGACCUCUCUGAUCUAGCCUUUGACAAUGACAAGGAUAAAUCAGAGAAUGCCAACAAAAGUGAUGACAUACCACGAACACUAACUGAUGAGGAUGUUAACAGCUUCUUAAUAACCAACAAAACUGAACCUAAAGAUGAACCAGAGGAAGAUGAUUUAAGUCACCAAGAUAUGGAAAUUGAACGGCCACUUGAAGCUACUAUUGAAACUAUACCACCAGUUUACGUACCGCCACUAAAACGGACAUCCACACCUAUUCCAACGGUCUUAGAUUUCUGCAUAGAGAAAACAUCAGUCAAGAAGGAGAAUUCAACGGCAGAUGUAAAGGGUGAACCAGAAGACUUUGUCGACGUGGAGUCUUGCAACGAUACCGUCAUACCUGUUCUCGAAGCGAAUAACUUAAACUCUUUACUGGAACAGUUUGAAGCUACUGAGAAACUAAAUACCAAGAAAAAGGUGAUUCCAGUAGUUAAAACUGAGGAUCCAAAGCUGAAGAGUUUCAACAAGAAUGCUUUGACGAACGGUAUGAGGCUUCAAGACGCAGGAGUGCAGCUAAACAAGAAUAAAAUGCGGCAAAUACUGAUGCCGACGCCAAUUAACAGUACCGUCAGGCGGUCACAAAGUCCCGUCCAUUCGGACCACGACUACUGCUCAUCGAAAAAGCGACACAGUCUGCCCAACCUCAAGGGAGGGCAGAGUCUUCUCAAACCCGAAGUGUUGUCUAGCAAUAGCCGAAUACUAAACUCCAGACAUAGGUCGUGUAAAAGCAAAAAAGUAGUGUACCAUCUCAGUAGUGACGAGGAAACUGACAAUAACGCUAAAAACAAAAAAGUGACAAAACCAGACGAUAUAGACGCUAAAAAGAAGACUAGUGUAAAGCCGAGUGUAAAACCGCCAGUGCAGUCGAACUGUCGUAAAAAACUGUCCCCACCCCACAGUGCGCCCGAUAGUUUUAAAGAUAAAUCCAACAGUUCUGUGAUGAUCAAAAGUGCUUCUAAAGCGAGUGAUAAUUGUAGUCAAAAUUCUAACGGUAGCAUUAAGUUAACUAUUAAAAAUAAAUCUGAAGUUAUACUAAACUGUGAUCACGUAGACUCUCAGAAAGAUAAAAAUAUAGACAAGUGUAAAAAUAGUGUUAGUGAUAAAACGAACAAUGUAGUAAAACAGGAAAAAAAUAUAAAAGAAUUAGAUAGGAACAAAGGUAAAGUUGUAAAUAAUGUAGAGACUGUUUCUGUAAAGGAAGAACCCCGUCCGAAAAAUGAAAACUUUUAUACAGCACUGUUUAGUAAUAAGCAAGACGUUCAGAUACCUCAAGCCAUGCAGCCCAAGACGGAGAAGAGGCCGUUUGACGAUGAACUGAACAAGUGCAUGCUUGAGGUCGCUAUUAAAAAGGAGGCUGAACAACCUCUCAAGAAAAAGAAACUUAAUCUGCAAGAGUAUAAAUUAAGGAGAGGCGUCUGUUCGAAUAACAGUUCUGCGACAGUGAGUCCCGAGGCUAUAUUCCCAGACAUGCCUAGUCCUUUACUUGACAAAGCUGUCAAAUGUCCCAUAACACAGACCCCCCCCAACGGCUUACAAAAUACAACCGACAAAGUGAACAACGAACAAUCAUUCUUCGACCCAAUCAAAGAGGCUUCUAGAAAAAUACUGAUGAAUACAAAGAAACAAAAGGCUGAGGCUAUGAGGAAACGAGACGAAGAUAUAGUCAUGAGUAAGAUACCUAAAGUCGAGAAUUUGGAAUUGCAACCGUUGAUAAGUGAUGCUGAGAUGAUGAAAAUCGUUGGAAUGACGCAACCAGAAAUUUUGCCACUACCUGUAGUUAACGAAAAGCCGCAAUUGUCAGCUGAUUAUGAAGAAAUUAUUCUCGUCAGUGUAGGAACGAAUACCGAUGAUAAUAUGUUUAGCCACAUUGAAGAACCUGUUGAAAGAGUGAUUAAAGCUACAUCUCCGACAGUUGACUCCAAAUCUCUCAUCAAUUUCAAGAUAAAGAAAUCUGAUCAUGUACUGAAACAAAAUGUAUUUGAUAACGUUAAAAGAGACAAGCGGAGUCCUAUUGACGAGAAGAAACACCCUGAUAUAAAAAUAGACAAAGAACGAUUCAAAGAUAUAACGGCAACAUUGAAAAGUGUGGAAAAACAGGUCGAGACUAAGAUAAUGAGCAAUUCCUUGUUCUCUAGUAUCCAAGAUGUAGUAAUGAAGAAAGCUCCUGAAGAAGUAGUUGAGAAACCUAAUGAAAGACACUCUAAACCCAGAUCGCCUACAGAGAAAAGAGAUUUCAGGUUUGCAAAGACGACUAUAGUCAGAGAAUACGAUCCUAAAGCUGAACACGGGGAAGAUAAAGUUAUUCUUCAUUUAGGGAAGCACAGAAGCAAACCAGGCUGUUCUAGCAUGGUCGUGCAAACCGAUUCAUUGCCCGAAUUUGCCGAACUACCAAUCUUAGCCAUGCCUAAAGAAAUCCCAGUGACGAGAAAACGAAAUGACAGUGACAUGUCUCUGUCAUCCAGCGAUGGCAGCCCGUCACGUAAUACUGACGAAAGUCCUGUUAAAACAAAACCAGAUGAUAGAGUGUCCAAAUCUAAGGAAGUGAGAACAGAACGAACGGAAGCAAAAGAAAAGAGAUCUAAAUCGAGAGAGCGUUACGAUUCUAAGUAUAGACGGAGAUCGAGGUCCAUAUCUCGUGGGCGCAGAAGACGUUCGCGAUCUCGCAGUCGCUCUAGAUCCCGCGGUCGCUUCAGGAGAUACAGAAGAUCUGACUCUCCUUACAAGAGGAAACGUAGGUCCAGAUCUCCGUACCAUAAGAGAAGGUCACCUUCAGUCAGACGCGAUCGUUCAAACCGAUCCAGGUCCCGUUCAAGACCUGCUGAGGCUCGGUCGAAGAGUCCUGUUGCCAAGAAGACGAAAGCCAGUCCUCACGCGAAUGGCAAUGAUCGGAAAGUAGCUAAGUCUAUGACCCCACCAUUGCGGAAACCAACGAUUUCUGAAAGCUCAGAUUCGUCGACUAGCUCAUCAUCAUCGUCUUCUUCGUCCGGAUCCAGUUCAUCAGGCACGUCCAGGAAGUCGCGAGGAUCCUGCAGCCCUUAUAAGAGGGAUGAGCUUUAUAACAAGAAGGGGUAUAGGAGUUAUAGCUCUGAUGACAGGGAAAGUAACACCCCAGUGGAAGAACGUCGCAUAGUGUUCGUGGGGCGAUUGGAGAAGGAUGUUACCAAGGUGACGUUGAGGAACCAGUUCUGCAAGUUCGGACCUGUGCUCGAAGUGCGGUUACAUAGCAAGGAGGAUGGUUCUCGCUACGGCUUCGUGACGUACCAGCGCGCUAGAGACGCGUGGUCGGCCGUGGAAGCCGCCUCCACCUUCCCGCAGUACGACGUGGGCUUCGGAGGCAGGAGAGCAUUCUGCAGGCAGAGCUAUGCUGAUCUUGAUGGACUGGAAGCCAAAUACACGGAAAGCGUGUUCCACGGCCAAACAGCGCCUCCAAUCCGCAGAGACGACGACAUGUCCUUCGAACAGAUGCUUCUAGAAAUGAAGAAGAAACUCAGCCAACGCAAGAACGAAUUGAAACGCCCAGAUGAUCCCAAGCCUUGACAGUUACUUAAACUUGGCCGGGCACUCAUCAUGGCUCUCUCAGUGACAUUUGUCAAAGUGACAGUGACAGUUGGCUUAAUCUAGCAAAGGCGCGAAUCGUAUUCAGCCUCAGUGACAGUGACAGUGAUUAGUUAGGCUGUGCAGUGAUUGUGUUUAAGACGCUGGCUUCUGAUUAAAAAGGUUUUUCGGUAAGCACUACAUUUAGUAUCCUAACAAUUACCUCGGUAGAACUUUCAGUCAUAGUGUAAGCAAUUUAGUAUGACUAAAAUGAUUAAAAAUGUAUGUAUACAUGAUGAUAUUACGUACUGAUUGACAUUCUUACGGCUAUGUAUACCUUGUCAAUUUAUUUAAAUUGUUUCAGCUCAUUAUGUAUAUUUAAAAAAAAAGAGUGAGAUUAUGAUAUGAAUUAGGAUUUACAACCGAAUUAUUCAUGAAAUUCUUAUUACAUUUUGUCGUAUUAUGUUUCGAAUGAUCGUCUGUGUUCAACAUCUUUGGUUUACUUGGGUGCGUGCAAUGACAGCGCCUGUCAAGGAUGACAGCUGUCAAAGUGACAGUUACCUAGAUGUGCAAUCAAAAGACAAUGUUGUGUUGCGUUAAAAAUUGCUCAUUUCUUGUGGCAUCUGAUGGAGGCGUACCAUUAUGGCUAUAUUGAGUGUUAUGAUUAAAAAGAUUAUUUUUCAUAGUGGUACGAAUUCGCGAGAUGUCACAGCUCUUUCAUUACCGUUUUGUUGUAGUUAAUUAGUUUAUAAUUUAGUUGAAUUACCUCAUGUAUGUAAAUAUUUGAUUGUUUAUUUGCUCUGUAAAUAAUAUGUUACGUUUCGGCGCUAUUUUUCCGAUAUUUUAAUCUGAUUUAAUCUUUUGAGAAGGGAGUAGACCAUGGAUUUACGAAGCAAGCUUUAUAGACAGGAGAUGGGGUUAUCUGAAAUCACUACUUUUAAGUUAUGAGAGUCCAUGAAAUGUAUACCUACCUAAAGUUUAUGACCAAUAAUUAUUGUGCGAACUCGCCCUUUUGCGCAGUUUGCGCACAGGUUGCGCAGUAUGCGCAAAUUCUGAUUGGGUGAGGUUGAACUCUUGGUCUUUGCUCUGAUUGGCUAUCUUAUCAAAUACGAUUGCCACCUAACCACACAAGCCAUGUCUUAGCAAAUAUUUUCUCUGAACCAUAAAAUAACCACUGCCAAUUUGUCAACGAUUAAGUUGAAAGUAUUUAAUUUCCAAAUAUAGCAAAGAGUUUAAUUAAUGGUUUUUGACUUCAAAUUGAUGUACUUGAAUAUUGUUGUCUAUCAUACGCACUAUAAGGUGUUACAACAAGAAGGUACCUAUUUAAUUCUUAUUAGCAUGUUUUAAAUCUCAAUUGUAUCACCUGUGACUAUCAUUCAAACGAUCGUGUUACAAUCAUGUACAAGAUUUAUAAUAAUUACUGAUCUAUCAAAUACGGAACAUUGAUUAACAUUGGUAUGGAAAGGAUUCACAAAAUAUUGCAUUAAACGACUGUGCAGACGUAGACAUAGGUAGACUUCAUCCAUGGAAUAUAAAAUGCUGGGACCAUUAGGAGAAAAAAAUCUCUUGCCUAUAACAUUUACGUAAUUCAUUACAGAAUUAGUUUCAUGAUAUUAUAUUUUCUUUUUGUGACCAAAAUAUGAAAAUGUUAUGAUUGCGCAAAGUUGCGCAUUUUGCGCAACAUACAGCGCUAAUUUUGCGCAAACGUGAUGACAUCUUGCAUCCAUUGAACUUGAAGAGUAACAAAAAUAUGUAAAUAAUUUUUCGUGUUGCCUACUUGUAAAGUUUGUAUGUAUUUAAUUACUGUUACCACUACUUUAUCUUCUACAUAUACUUUGCUUGUAUACAGCGAAAAUAAUUAAACUCAAGCUUCAUAAAGAAUGAUAUAGAAUUGAACAUCUCUUACUAAAAAUCAAAAUAUUAACGAGAAAGAUAAUAAUGCUAUCUCCAUUUACUCAGGAAAAUAUGAAAAAAAUAUCCUAAUUUCUACAAAUAUACAAGAAAGCUUUCAAAAAUGCAAUUAGUUUUGUAAACAAAGCUUCCAAUGAGAUUGAAAGUGCCAAAAUUAGACAAAAACUAUACUGUUCCUAUUAUGAUAAUGGAUUGACUAGCCAAUAGAUACACACAUUUAGACCAGUUAAGAAUACACUACAGAAGGAUGAUGAUUAUAUGGAUAAAUAAAGAAACCAAAAAAGGUAAAAAUUUUAAGCAACAGUCUGUAUGAGUACAUGUACUGAAGUUGUGUAACAUUUUAACAAGUACUGGCUUUUGUCCGUGGUUUCACCCGCGUUCGAGAUUACUGAUUCCCGUAGCCUAACCAGGUAUAAGCUUACAAUUUUCAGCUAAAACGGUUCAGCCAUUCCCAAACUAUCUUCUCAAGAUUACCUUUUGGAUGUUUUAGUAUUUGCUUCGUAGUAACAGUUCUUCAUAAUUUAUAUCAUUUAUUGGUUUCAUUUGUUAUCCAUAUUUUGAACCACUUCUUAUAUAAACAGCUCGUUUUUACCAAAUUCGAGGAGUUAAUCAUUGCCUAAACUCUGCACGACUUUCAGCUAGUUUUUAUGUAUACAAUUUUGUAUCAUACAACAUAGCUAUGAAAUCUUAACAAUCUGGGGACUGACAUAUAAAUAAACAGUCGAAGUUUGUAGCAAGGAAUAAGUCCUGUUAGCCCAAAUUUUCUAAGACAUGAUCCAUAACUUUUGAUGCUUGUACAGUUUGUUAAUAACCAAUUUAAUUAAUGUUACUAUACUAUCGUUUUUUCGUAUAUUUGUCUAGACCAAUUUCUACUGUAAGUAUAUGCGAGCCUCUAAGCAAAAAGGCGCUAUGUAGCCUAAGUAAGUCACGUUUAGUUUCAAUAAAAAUAGAGAUAUGCUGAAAUUUUCUUUUAACAUAGAUGUUGCCAAAGGAAUUGUAAUAAAUACUUGAUAAAUAACAAUAUAAUUCUGUUUUUUUAUUCCACAAAUUCAUUUUAACCAAUUUUUGUUGAUAACAACACUUUCAAGUAAGCUUAGAGUUGCCAGUGUAGAAAAACAGCAAUUAGAUUGAUUUUCAAAUCUAGUCAAUGUUACUAGAUUAUAUUUUUGUUUUAUCUUUGUGGUGAUAAUUUAUUUAAACGUAAAGUUAAGCGUAUUUUAAUGGUUUUAAGUUUAAAGAUUUUAUUUCAUAGUUUCUAUCGACUAGCGAGGUUUUCAAAAUGGCGACUAAAACUUAAUAGAAAUGAGGUUUAAUCAGUUUUCUUAUUAUUAAAAUUGGUCUUCAAUUAAUACGUUUUGUUUUUUGUAACUAUAUGUGUUUUAAGUUCCACUAGUACUGUAAUUUAUUUCCGAAUCUUGUUCCACCGACAGUGUGAAAUCAACUUUAUUUUCUUUGUGUUAAGGUUAAAAUUAUAUCGCUUUGUGUGUCAAGUUUGCCAUACACUAAUAUUCAUGGACCUCGAAAAAUAUUGCAAAUGAAACUCGACUUCAUUUUGUGGUGACACUGACAUUUUCGACAGAUUUGAACGCACAGAUUACAAAAAAUUGAUAUAUAAGCUAAGGGAUUUAGUAUUUUAUUUCUGUGAACUCUAAAACAAGUCCUUAAUCUUUCGAUUGUAUGUAUAGACUAUGUAUUUAUUUAUGUAUGUCAUCCGCUUUGCACAUCCCACGGUAAAUUGACAAGUGUAUGGCCAACUUUACACAGGUCAUUCCUUAGAGUAAUAAAAGUUAUUAGACCACUCUUAUCUACACUGGAUAUAAGUAAUAAAAUACGUUAUCCGUUUUAGAACACCAUGUUUUUUUUUCUUGAGGCUCAUUCCCGCCAAAUUUUGACAGCUGUCAUUACGCCCGCGUAUUUUUUUUUGUCAUAGUAAAGUAAGCUCUAAGGAAUGAUAAGUAACGUAAAUAAAAAGACUAUAUAGUACAUAAUUUUGUACGUAUUUUUAAAUUAAAUCAGCUAAACGAGUCAUUACGAACAUAGAAUCAAUACUCUUUAAAAUUAAGAUCAUGGCUUUGUAGCAUUUAGGAAUUGUUAAGAUUACGUUAGGGAAAUGAAAUUUUCGUUUUGUAUGACAUUAUGUAGUAGUGUACAUCAUGAUUUCGUUUUGUGACUAAUAUUCUGAUAUUAAACAGUUUUGUGUAACAAUUUUAUACAUCUCUGUUUUAUAAAUCUUAAUUGUUAGAUCAUAAGAUUUAAAAGUAUGUGAAAAAUGAUAAAUUGACCUUAAUUACAUUCAUUAUAAUCUGUGGCGCUGGUUGUACAAAAAAUAAAUUAAUUUUUAAUGUUAUAAAAUUAUAAAAAAACACAUUAGCGCCAUAGACAAUUAUGACUUACCAUUGGAACAAACAGUUCCUAAUUUUCUUUAAAAUGACUUGUUAUCCAAAAUUAUGGGAAUUGAUUAUUAGAAUGAAAUUAUACCCGUAUUUGAAAGCACAUAAGGUUGAUUAUUGAACGAAGUUUUAGAAAGUUAGGUUGGUAUUCUAAGCUGUUUUUAAACACGGGUGUAUUUUCGCUUGGCUUGAAUCUUAUUGCUUGUGAAUAGAGUCGAAAAUCGUACGGAUUCACACUACGGGGUUGUAGUACAUAUUAUAAAAGUCCAACAUAGUGUUGAUAGUACAUAGUGAGAAUGUUUUAUACAUAAUGCUGUUGAUAAAUAAAAGUAUUUUGGACAUAA